GCCUUGGACUCUGGAAGGGCUGAAGAAUCUCGCAAAGCAACAGUAGAAGGGGGGAAAGUAGCGUAGAACUGAGCCAUCGGGUUAUCAUGGUCUCCCAAUAUGGACGCUCAAACCCUAGUGAGCUGCGCUUGAGUGAGGCACGGCACCUCAGGUCGAUUGUGGGGGUUGUUACGUUCACCUUGGCCAGUGAUCGUUAUUUUCGCAACAAGACAAAAGUUGACAAGUCAUCGGGCUCUCUUAAUGGCAUACUCUUGUUGGCUUCAAUAGAGAUCGAGAAUAGCCUCAGAAGCCACCAGGCUGAAAUGUUGAUGUUUCUGAUUCGACUGCCUGCGCUGGCCAUGGUGUGGAACCAAACCCAUAACUCGUGUGUGUGUCAGGCCAGAAACACGGCCAAGGUUACCAAGGAUGACUUCACAGAAGCUUGGCCUGAAGUUGAUGAUGGAGAGGGUAAGCCCGGGAAGUUUUCGGUUUCGGGAUCUUCUGGCCCCGAUCGUUCGGUACUGGAAGACCGGAAGAUCGGAGCACAGGCGGAAGCUUGA